CACCAUAAAUCUUCUGCUCCUCCCAAUUUUAAUAGGAAGGCCGACAAUAACCCAAGAAGAUGUGUACCAACAACACUGAAAAGCUUCCAUCUGGUCUGGUCCAUUCUUCUGAAAGAAAACAACGAUCGAAGCGAUCUAAAGUUCAAGUUCCCAGGCGAGUCAGCAGGAAAAAGUGCGAAGAAAAGGCAGAUAAAGAUAUGGAACUAAAGAACCUGAAGUUAUUUUUGGAGAACCAAAGUAUAAUUGAAGAGAAUGAGAAGCUGAGGAAAAAGGCCAGUGUUCUUCACCAAGAGAACUUAGCCUUAAUGUCCGAGUUUCAGAACAAAUUCCCCGAUUCGGACAUUUUCUUCGAUUCUCUACCUUUGUUCUUCUUCACAAACACUGAUAACAGAAGAUGAGAGAGAUAUUCUCUGUUUUUUAGUACAGAAGGACAUUAGUAAUUUCCUGCGUUCAUAUCUUGUUUAAAUUUGGUGAAAUAUUGUAAGAUAUGAAAUAAUGAAAGUUUGGACACUUUAUAUAUGGCUAUGUUCAUGCGUUUCUACACGCAGAGGAUGAUAAAGUGGUGCGGGUUGCGA